CAAAGUGUUUGAUCCGGUCCAAUGAGAAAAUCACUUGCCCAAGCCCCCAAGCUCGGGAAUAACCUAGCUGAUCCUUUACCAAUUCAUCCGAUCUACCAUCUCUGUCUAGAUCUCGGACUGUCGUAAGCCAAAUUGCUCCUCUUCCCCUUAGGUCGGACGCAAUCAACACCGCGCCGUCCGUCUAGUAUCCCGAGUGAUUACUGAUGGCACGUGGGAAAAGAAAAGCCAGUGUAUCAACAUCCAGACUUGUAUCAGAAGAUGAUGGUGGCCCUCCUCCUGUAGCUGAUUGUGUGGAAACAAGAGAAUCCACUCCAAUUACUAUGGAUGUAGAAGAAUCUGAAGUGGUUUUAACUGAUGAAGCUAAUGAGGAGCAGGAUGCGGUGGUGGGAACAAUAAGUCAGGCAAGCAUAACUAUCUCCUCUAUCAAAGCUGAAGAAAAUUCAGCUGAAAUGGAAGCAGUUUCAACUAUUGGAGAUCAAAUUGAGACGUUCCUAGAGGAAACUGUUAGUGAGCCUAAUAUCACUACAGAACAUAUAACAGAAGCAUUAAAUGGAGAAAACAUAUCUGAACUUGCAGUAAAUGAUGUAGAACAUGUUCUGAAGGAAGUAGUUAAUGGUGAGGAGGAUGUAGCUAAAAUGGUAGCAAGUGUUGGAGAAGAUAUCACAAAUGGAGAAAGAAAUGAAACAAGUGUGGUAGGGAACAAUGAAGGAGUACAAGGUAGCAACAAAACUACUCAGGAUGACCUAUUAAAGGAAGGAUGCCUUUCAGGACAAGGUGAACUGGCUAAUGAAGAAACCAUUAAGGAGACAGUUGAAAAAACGUCUGCUCAGAAGAUGAAGUCAAAAAAAAGAAAGCGAGGGAAGAAGGGGGCUAAAGGCCCCUUCAAUAAACUUGCAUUUAAAGUUAAAAAGGAUAAAGUUCACUCUAAUGAUGAUGAUGCUGCAGAAAAUGGAGAUAAAAUGGAGCAAGAGAAGGCUGAUGAAAAUACUGAAGAAAAUAAGGUAGAAGAAAAUAAGGUAGAAGAAAAUGGGAAGCAGAGUCUUAUCAAGAAGUCUCAGAAAACAAAAAGGAGGAAAAGGGGGAAGGUAGUUGGAAAAGUGUUGGAAAAUGUUGUUGCCUCUGAACUCGAAGGGCAGAAAGUUUCUAAUGGUGAAGGUGACUCAAAGAAAGGAGUCUCUGAAGGUAAAUCUUUGUUGGGUUCCAAAGAUUUGCCAGAGUCAUCGAGCAAGAAGAAGUCAAAAGGGAAGGUUGAGGGAAUGGGGUUGAUCUUUAUGUGCAACUCAGAAACAAAGAAGGAUUGCUAUCAAUACAAAAUUCUGGGUUUGCCUUCCAACAAAAGAGAAGUUGUGGAAAACGUUUACAAAGGGAUGAGGCUAUUUUUAUACGACGUUGAUUUGAAACUGUUAUAUGGGAUUUAUAAAGCUGCAGCUCCUGGUGGGUUUAAUAUUGAACCCAAGGCUUUCAAGUCUCAGUUCCCAUCUCAGGUUAGAUUUACUGUUCUGGAGGAUUGCAAUCCAUUGGCUGAGGAGAAGUUUAAGAGUGUAAUAAAGAAGAACUAUUACACGAAGACAAAGUUUCGUUGUGAAUUGACCACUGAACAGGUCAAGGACUUGUGCAAUCUUUUUACGGCUAACCGUCAAAGUUCCAAUUCUAAGAAGCCAAGACGCCUCAGGAAAGAGAGCAUUAGAUCCAUUGAUAGGGACAGAACUAGGAAACCAGUGGUUGACAGGCUCACACGUCCCAAAGUGGAAAGUCGAAGUGGUGGCAUAGUGCGGGACCGGGUCAUUAAAAAAAUCCGGGUUGACCGAAACAGGAGACGGUCACCAGUGAAUGAGAAUGCAUACCGUGAUCAUCAUCCACGUCACUACGAUAUGGAUCAGACUCAUCCCUUUUCUCGUGCUCCGGUGGUUCGUGGAUCCCACUUACCUUUACACCCACUUUCCUCUGGUCAACCGUAUGUCUAUGAUAGGGUUUUAGAAACUGAUCCUUACAGAAGAGGCCCAUUAGUGAUGCGUGGUAGUGAUUCUUAUAGACACGAUGACAGGUUGAUGGACCGUCGUCGUUAUGAUCUAGAGCCCAAACUGGAGCAUCAUAGCAAUUCUUCUUAUAGGCUUGAUGACAACAUAGCCUACCACCGUGAGCUAGCUGCUGAUUAUGCUCCGCGUGUUUCAUACCAUGCACCAUCAGUUUACAGAGAAGCUCCCCCAAGAGAUAUGCCAGUUGAGUACUAUCCUUCACGCCGAUCAGUGGAGACCCGUCCAGAUUACCACCGUGUUACUACUAGUUCAAGAGCAUUACCUGACUACCAUCAGGGCGGGUUGCGGCCUGAGUACCGGUCUUCCACCAGCAUGCGCAGAUACCCGUAUUAGUUUCUUUUGUUGUAAGUUAUUUGCUUUGUGUGUGUUUCUGAAUUCUUGUGAUGUACUUGAACUUUAACAGAAUGGUUUCUUUUCUGGGUAUUGAACUCAGACUGUACUCAUUAGACUCCUGCUUUAUAGCUUCAAUAAAUGAAACAUCUUUGACCAAGGGUAUUAACCCCAUAA